AUGCUUAUGUAUUCAUACGCUUCUUUAUGCGAGGUGUUUCAAGAUAGCAAUGCGCAUUUUAAAACCGGUGAGAAUGGGUUGGUCAAGACGUAUGACUACUCACAGAUGGUUAAACUUGUGGUGUUAGAGCGUCUUGACAGCAGUGCACUCUGUGUGAUGGAUGCACCAGAGAAAGAGAAUUCAGAAGAUUCUACAGCUCUAGGAAGAGUAGUUUGCAGUAUAUGCGAGAAUGGAAAAGUAACAAUAGCUAAGUAUAAUGAAACCUUUUUCAUCAUAACUGAUUUUAUGAAUACAGUACCUGUGAGGCUUUCUUGUGGAGAGGGUAAGAACUAUCCCAAUAUAGAAAUAGGGAGAGAAGAUGUGUGCAACUCUUCAAAAAAGAAGGUAAACAAAGCAGAGACAGAAGUGAGUGAACAGAGAGAGAAAUAUACACUUGGACAGAGCGAAGCAAUACAACUAGAAAGAGAAAAUGCACACAUUAUCACUAAAGAGUGCCACCACAGACACAUUUGCGCUGGAGAAAAGAGCUCACUGUGUACAUAUAGAGAUAGCGUGUAUCAGUUGGAGCACCUUCUAUACCAUUCUCUUAUUUCACUAGUAAAAGAAAAAAACAUCUUUAUUUCAUUCAGCGGAGGAAUUGACUCUUUUCUGUGUGCUACUCUGUGCUGUAAAUACUUUAGGGACAGAAGUGUAUACCUGAUAAAUACCUCUUUUUCAAAGGAUGGGGCGUUUGUGUCAAGAGAUAGAAAAGCAGCACACGCCUUUUAUGGUAAAAUAGUCUCUGCUUAUGGAGAAAACUGUUUUUUAGUAGAGAACAACAUAUCCCGCGCAGAAGUACUAGAGAAACAAGAUGAAAUUGCAGGCAUAACCAGGAACACAACAAUGGACUUUAAUCUGGCAGCUCUGCACUAUUUUACAGCAAAGAAGGCGAAGAGUUUGGGCGCCUCAAGCAUUGUAACAGGAACAGGAGGCGAUGAGCUGUUCCUUGGAUACUCAAGACACAGAGAAGCUGUUGCGGGAGGAAAAGAUGUGCACAGCAGCAGUGUUUUAGACAAGAAACUGCAGGAGAUGGUUUGCACGGACGUAAAGACAUUUUGGAAGACAAACCUGCACAGAGACUACAGCGCAGGCAGCAUGUGCUCUAUUUCUCUUGUUUCACCGUUUUUGGAUCCGCUUGUAUUCGAGUAUGCCAUAGAGUCUGCAGACCAUAGAAAGGUGGAGAAAAAGGAGCUAACUGACAUUCUCCAUCGAGAGUAUCCAGGCAUCCAGCUGAAAAAGAAGCUGGCAGGGCAGUACGGCUCGGGGAUUGCUGAUGUAAUCAGAAGCAUCAGGUGCCGAGCACACACACUCUGCAGAAACAACGAGUGUCUUUCUCUUGAGUGCUCAAAAACAAAUUAG